UAUUGCAUGGAAAUAUAACUCACACGUUUAUUUAUUUCACAUUUGAGAUUCAAUGUUGUGGCGAGUCAGGCAUCAAUUUCAAAGUAAUUAUUGACAUGCACAGUAUUUAAAGGUAACAAAAAAACAACAACAAAUAAACAAACAACAAAGCUAUGUUAGAUUUAAACAUCAGUUUAGCACGCUCCUGAAAUUGCUCCAGAAAACAAUUUUCUUUUUUUUUCUCUCUCUCACACAUAAUGUUUUGUCUAUAACCCUUUACACAAUUCAUAAUGAAAGGCCAAUAAACGCAAGUCCAGCCCAAUAGCAGUAUAGAUUCGAUCAGUUGCUAUAACCUGUGUUCUAAGCACUCUGGUAAAGGCCAACAGAGCUCUAUAACUUGAAACUUAGUGUGAUAGGAACUUAGAUCCUCAUGCGACUGACCCGGUCUGCAGUGUACACAAUGUUGCAGACUCAUGCAGAAAAAGACCGCAUUGUCACCUCUCUCCCUCCACCUUUCAUACGCCAAGCGACUCCUUAUAAUCAGGAUGACUUUGACGAAGCUGUUAAGAACGCAGCCAAUGCAAACUGCACACUUCAAGCUGGACUCAAGAUAUCGAAGAUGAUUGUGCUUGGAGAUGUUGCUACAGGCAAGACUUGCUUGGUUAAUAGGUUCUGUCAUCAGGUUUUUGAUUCUAAUUACAAAGCAACAAUAGGAGUAGACUUCGAAGUGGAGAGAUUUGAUAUUUUGGGAAUUCCUUUUAAUUUACAGAUAUGGGAUACAGCAGGCCAGGAGAGGUUUAAAUGCAUAGCUGCAUCCUAUUACAGAGGUGCUCAUGCUGUGAUGGUUGUGUUUGAUGUGACGAAUGUUGUGACUCUUGCACACACGGCUCAGUGGCUUGAGGAGGCACGGGAGGCAAAUAUUAAUAGCUGUCCUUUGGUCUUUCUUGUGGGCACAAAACGAGAUCUGAUGAGUGAGGGAGCCUACAACCAGAUUGAAGCACAGGCUCGCCGCGUAGCCCAUGGUCUUGGUGCUGAGUAUUGGGCUGUGUCAUCGAAGACAGGAGAUAACGUGGAAGCCCUGUUCAUGCGGCUGGCUGCUCUGACCUUCAAUCGUGAUGUAUUGCAGGAGGUGAAAGGCUGUGACACUCGCAAAUCCUCUGGGACUGUCAAAAUAGGUGAACGGCUGGAUGAUACAUAUGAGACAGCCAAGAAAUCGAAGUGUGCUUCAGGGCACUGCAACAAGUGAUAAGAUAUAGAAUGGGAAUUAUUCUCGCAAUGACUGUUUUGUCAUGUGAAACCUACAUUGCAAAAUAGUUUACUCCAAAUGCUAGAUUGUCCUUUAGUAAAAGAAUUACUGAUAAUUUUACAAAAUAUAUUAAUAUCUAUUAUGUAACAUACAUACGAACAUAUACACAUAUAUAUUUUAUAAGUUAUUACUAAUAUAUCAGUAUAACAAGCUUCCUGAAGUAUGGUGCUGUCCAAUGAAUAACACAAUGAAAGAAGCACAACGUUUUUUACUUCAUUUUUUGACUACUUUACUUCCAUAUGUGUACGUGUAGCUGGCUCUUCGUAAAUCACAUCAGGUGACGGGUAGGGAAUCACCGAGCUAGUGCUACCUCAUGGGUAAUUUAAAGGUAUAUUGGGACGACUGGUUGUGGAAGGCUGGCCAGGGUUGUGACUGAAAUUAACAGUUUCGUAAGGCCGGCUUUUCUUUUGGAAGACUAUGUGAUUUUAAGGUUGCGCUCUCUCUCUUUCUCUCUCUCUCUCUCUCUCUCUCUCUCUCUCUCUCUCUC